CUGAAAACGUGAAAAUUUUUCUCUCUGGUAUAUAAAACUGCCCAAACAUUAACAUUUUGAAUGCUUAGCUAAACAAAACAGCACAACUAUGUACGGAUUAAUCAUUGUUGGCGUUCAACACUAUGUGGAAUCUAAAUAUGGCGAAGAAUUAUGGAUGAAAAUUGUUGAAAAAUGUCAUCUAGGCUUGUUAAGUUUUCAAACACAGAAAGUUUAUUCUGAUCAUGUGUUGAAACGUUUAUUUUGCUCAUUAAGUGAUGAAGUCGGCGAAAGUGUUGAACAGUUAACUUAUCAAAGUGGUUUAUAUUUUGCAGCAUUCACCUCAGAUUAUGGUUAUGAAAAUUUACUACGUGUUCAAGGCAGAGAUUUCAUCAGCUUUUUGCAUAAUUUAGAUAAUUUACACGAAUAUUUACGUUUUUCUUAUCCAAAAAUUAGACCACCAUCAUUUUCUAUUGUUAAAGCGACACACAAUUGUAUCCGAUUGAAGUAUUCAACUAAACGUGAUGGUUAUACGCAUUAUGUACGUGGGCAGUUGAUUACCCUGGCUAAACGACUGUAUGAUUUAGAUAUAAGAGUUGAAUUAAUCGAUAUGAAAGUUGUUAAUUACGUGUAUCAUACCACAUAUGAUAUAUAUGCACUGAAUGAUCGACAUUGGAUAGAUCCACAAAAGUAUUAUGUUCAAAAACCAUUAGACAGUUGGGGGGAUACAAUUGCCAGUAAUGAAUUUUUCAAUAUAUUUGCUUUUUCACUGCUAAUUACAAAAGAAAUGAGGAUAAGGAAGGCGAGUAAUUCAUUCCAUAAACUGGAUCCAACACUUGAAGGUUCAAGUUUCAGUGAAAAAUUCCUCCUGUCUCGUCCAUUUAUUCAUCCUUCUUUAGAAGAGAUAAAAUUACAUAUGCACAACACAUUUGAAUUGAUACUUAUGAAUGAUCCAGGUUUGAAAAAAACAUGUGAACAAUUGGUAUCUGGUCAGAGAGCAUGUAAAUUUAGAGGUGAAAUGCGUUAUGUAGAAGAAUGGAAUAUGCUUUUAUUUCUAGGUGCACCAUCUAUACGAGAUACCAAGCAACUGAAUGAACACGGUCUCUACAUAUGUGAUUUAAACAUGUUUGAUCGAAGCAGAGAUGUGAUCAUUUGCGGUGAUCAACAUUCCGAUGAGUUAUUGAAAUUAUUUCAAAAGCAACGUAAAAAGAGUGAAGAAUUAGAAAAAAGUAUGAAGCAUUUGGAUAAAAUGCGAAGAAUAACUGAUCGUCUUUUAUAUCAAUGUAUUCCAAAAGCUGUUGCUCGUCAACUUCGUGAUGGUACACCAGCAAUUGAAACAAUACAGGCUUAUGAUGCUGUGAGUAUAUGCUUUACAAAAGUGUUCAAUUUCAGUGCAAAAUGUAUGCAUACAAGUGUAAAUCAAGUUGUUGAACUAUUGAAUAAAAUGUAUACACUUUUCGAUGAUUUAACAGAAAGUUGUAAUGUUUACAAAGUAGAAACUAUAGGAGACAGUUAUAUGCUAGUCUCAGGAGCUCCGUAUAAAACACGAUUUCAUUCAGCGCAUAUAGCUGAAAUGGCAUUGAAUAUAUUAAAAGUUACUAAUGAAUCUUUGUCAUGGCCAAGAUCUACCAAACGCAAACAUUCCAAUGAUAGUGAUGAUAACGAUGAUGAUGAUGAUGACAGUGAAGAGGAGGAAGAAGAAAAACUGAGACUUUUCAUUGGAUGUCACAGUGGACCAAUUGUAGCUGGUAUAGUAGGUCAUAAAACUCCAAGAUAUUGUCUAUUUGGAGAUACAGUGAAUACAGCUAGUAGAAUGAUGACUUAUGGAAUGCCUGAUCGAAUCCAUGUCAGUCAAACAUUCGCCACGAGUCUAUCGGAAUUUCCAUACAUUUUAGAAUUCCGUGGGGAAAUCAGCGUGAAGGGGAAAGGUAAGAUGAGAACCUACUUUGUCACUGGUCGAAGUAAUGACUACAAAUUACCGAAUAAACUAUUUGGAAAUCAAUCUAAUUUUGCUGAAGUUUUAGAAGAAGAUGUUGAUCAAAUAGAAUCAGAUCAUUCAACCUUAUCCUACGAGAAAUCAGUUUCUGAUGAUGACGAUAAUGAUGGGAAUAACAAAUCAGAUUGUGUCAAGGACGACCUAUCUGAUGAUGAUGAUGAUGAUGAAGAAGCUAAGGAUAAUAUCUCAGAAAUUUCAACUGGAGUUGAUUUGGACGACCUUGAACAUUUUGACAAAUUCAAUGCUGAAAACAGAUUUAACGCUUUUAAUGAUUCUACAAUUAAAUGUGAUGCCGUGAACAACAGAGCAAUCAGUAUGAUAGAAAAAAUGAAUCGUCCAAAAAUACCAAUAAUACAUAAAGGAAAAGAAUAUAUAAAUGAUAACAUGGCAUUAGAUAAAAUCACAUCAACUGAUCUACGCACUAACGUAUAUAAUACUGAUAAUCGUAUCACUAGUAGUAAUAGUAGUUGUAGUAAAUUUUUAACAGCUAACGAUAUUUCUCACCAUUUGUCAGGAUUAAGCGUAAAUCCAUCAUCUUCACUUGGCCGGAAGACGCGUGACAGUCUGGAAUUAGAUCAUUUGACUAAGUAUUGUCUACAGUCUAAGAAAACAAAAGAGAUGUGUCGUUUUACACCAUCACCUAACCAUAAAAAAGAUGUGAAAUUCGAUUUGAGUAGUAAAGCAGUGAUUUCUGAUAAUUAUGGCACUGGUUAUGAUGAUUAUCUACAGACAACAGAAUAUGAUUCUACCGAAAAUGAUGAUGAUAAUAAUGUAGAAGAAGCAUCGAAUAGCAAGAAAAGUGCUGCUGUAAAAUUCCACUCCCCUGAACAACAGGCGUUAAUCGAUAUGAAUUCGAAAAACAGUCCAAUCAUGGAACAAGCUUACGAAGGUGAUGUAUUAAAGUACAGAAUUGAAAGAUUCAGAAAAAUGAUGAAAGACGAAUCAUUUAGUCAAAUGAAUGCAGUUACCUUCACUUCAUCUGGAUCUGAUCUAUUCAACGAGCUUACCGAACCACUGUCUUUAGGCUUAACAGAAUUGGCAAUAGUACGACCAAGUGAACCAAUAAAAUAUCUGGGAUCAUGGCUUAAAUGUUACACAUCAAUGAAAUGA